AACUGACCCAGAGUGCCGAUAUGGCCAGCGAAUAUGCCGUCACCCUCAAGAAACAGAUAGAUCCUCUGACUGAAGAGCUGAUGACCAAAAUCACCAAGGAGGCUGAAGUGUUGAGAGAGCGUCUGGACCAGGACCUGAUCAGCGUGAGAGACAAACUGGAGCCCUAUGCUGACAACCUCAAGAGCCAGAUCCAGCAGAGAGUGGAGCAGCUCAGGACGGCCAUGGCUCCAUAUGCUGACUCCCUGGAUUCUGAGACCCUGAAGGCCACUCUGCUCCAGAAGAGCGAGGAGCUGAGAGGAAACAUGGAGCAGAGCGUGAAGGAGCUGCAGGCUCAGCUGGAGCCCUACACUGCUGAGAUCAAGGAGAAAGUGGACCAGCGUCUGCAGGAGUUCCAGAAGACCGUGACCCCUCUGGCUGAGGAUCUUCAGGCCCAGAUCAGAGAGAGAGCCCAGAUGGUCCAGCAGAGUCUCACACCCUACGCUGAAGACCUGAAAGAAAAGCUGGAUCCCUACGCACAGGACCUGAAGGCCCAGCUCACCUCCCUGUAUGAGUCCUUCGUGAAGAGAAAUUAGAUGCUUCAAAGACCUCUUUUGUCACUAACAGAACUGUUUUUCCUUCCAUCGUGACUCUAAAAUCUCAUAUCUCUCCAAUAACCAUGACCUAAAUGAAACUACUAGGCAACAACAAUAUCUUUGGUCUUACAUGUAGA